AUGUUUCGUUCAAUAAUCUCUCCAAUAAUUUUAACUUCUAAAAAAGUUAUUACUUUCCCAGCAUGUCAUCAUAAACUUAUGAUGGUUAAAGGACAAAAUUCAAUCAAUUUCUUGUUCCUUAAAUCCAUCAUUUCUCAACAAUUUACAACCAAUUCAUUUAGAACUUUACAACAAUCUUAUGCAACUUUUAACUCACAAAAUGGUAAAAUUAAUGAGGAUAAGUUUGAGUCACAUAUCCCACCUGAAAUAUUAUUGGACACACGUCAUCCCGAACCAAUUCGCCAUGAAAUCGUUGAAUCUAAAAAACCAUUGAAAUCAAAUGAUCUUGAAAAUAUAGAUGUUAAACUUCAAUUCCAUCGUAUACCUGUUACCAUAACUGAUAAGAUUGCUUAUCAAGUUAUUAAGUUGAUAAGACUUCCUGUUGAUUGGUUUUUUAAGAAAAAAUACAUUCAUCGAGCUGUUAUACAAUUGAAACAUGAUGGAGGUUGGAUUCAUCAUUUACUUCAUGAAGCUGAAAAUGAACGUAUGCAUUUGAUGACUUGGAUGCGUAUCGCUCAACCUAAUAUGUGGGAACGUGCUUUAAUUACUCUCGUUCAAGGUAUCUUCUACAAUGCAUUCUUUUCUUUAUACUUAAUUAGUCCAAGAACCGCCCAUCGUGUUGUUGGUUAUCUUGAAGAAGAAGCCAUAGUUAGUUAUACCUCUUUUCUUAAAGAGAUCGAUGCGGGUAAUAUACCAAACACUAAAAACAUUCCUGAUAUAGCUAUUGAUUAUUGGCAUCUUGAUCGUGAAACUGCUACUUUACGAGAUUUAGUUUUGGCAGUCCGUGCUGAUGAAGCAGUUCAUCGUGACACGAAUCAUCACUUUGCUGAUCGAAUUGUAUUAGGUCGUGAAGAUUUAAGAGAAGAUAUUAAAAAUAUAAUUACUAAUGAACCAAAUCGAUUUGGUGAGAAACUUGGAAAAAUUGCUGGACUUAGUAAAGAUGCUAAUGAAAAAUGGAAAUGGAAUAAUUAA